UCGGAGGCUCUUUCCGACGUGGAUUCUCAUAGGAGAUUCUCCCCGUUGAAAUUUGAAUAGUAGAACUGAAGCUCCUCCCCAUGGAUCCGAAGAUGAUCUAAAGUCUAAACCCCUACUCUGCAAAUCUCCUUAAAGUCAGCUUAUUCGACCCGAUCCCUGCAACUAUUUGAUCUCCGUUGAAGGAUCAUCUGCACCUCCUGUCCUGAGAUCAACGUCAAAAAUGGCGGUUCCUGUCGUUCGGUUCCCGAUCAUUCUUCUGGUGCGGGUAAUGGGGAUCGUGGUCUCCAUUCUGGUUCUUACAUGGGCCUUGCGUUACAGGGGAGGAUUGGCUCUCAUCUCCGAAAACAAAGAUCUCAUCUUUAAUGUCCAUCCUGUACUAAUGGUAAUUGGUCUCAUACUCCUGAAUGGUGAAGCCAUGCUAGCAUACAAGACAGUCAUGGGAACCAAAACUUUCAAAAAGGCGGUACAUCUUGCAGUACAAUUUCUUGCGCUCUGUUUGAGUGUUAUUGGAGUUUGGGCUGCUUUGAAAUUCCACAAUGAAAAGGGCAUUGACAAUUUCUACAGUUUGCACUCAUGGCUGGGUCUAGCUUGCCUAUUCCUAUUUGGCAUCCAGUGGGCUGCUGGAUUUGCAACCUUUUGGUAUCCUGGUGGUGGAAGAAACAGCAGAGCUGCUUUACUCCCAUGGCAUGUAUUCUUUGGGGUUUAUAUUUAUGCCCUAGCUGUUGCUACUGCUACCACUGGUAUCUUAGAGAAGGCCACUUUCCUUCAAACCAACCAAGUAAUCACACGCUACUCAACUGAGGCUUUGUUGGUGAAUACCCUCGGCAUCUUGAUCGUUGUCAUGGGUGGUUUUGUUAUUCUUGCGGUUAUUACUCCCACAAUUAGCAAAGGUGAUGCCUACCGGCCAAUGGAAUAGGAAAUACAUCCAUUUUUUGCAGUUGACAGACCAGUAACAGAGAUGCAUUUUUAUCUGAAAAAAUCAGAGGGUUUGCUCUUUUAGUGAGAGAUUGUAACAGAAUAAAAUUCAUAGUUUUUCGUUUUUGGAAAUUUAUGUGCCAUCUUGUCAUUCCAUUGUAUGAUUGCAUCUAAAAACAACUAGAGAUGAUUCUCAAAAUACUGAAAGAAAAUGAUGAAGGGGGUGUUCUCGUAUAGUGAA